AUGGCGAGAACACGCGCCAAAGGCCCCGCAGCCUCAACCUCCAAAGCCGACGACACCAAAAAGCCACCAGCGUCCUCUACCUCCUCCGUCUACACCCUCCCACCGACCUCCGACAACCCGUCCAAACUCUUCAUCCUCCCCAAAUCCGUCUCCCCCACCACCGCCCGCGUCAUCACCCUCCACCACCCGCGCAACAACAAACCCUCCCGCUUCCUCGUCUGCCCCGAAUCCGGCUUCUUCGAGUUCACCACCGUCGCCUCGCCUCUACGAUCCGCCCCGCGCAGUUGGCUCGUCCAGUCUUCCUCCUCCUCCUCCUCCUCCUCCUCCUCAGUCUCAGUAUCCCAACAACCCGAGACACCAGCAGCAACAGACCCAACAAACCCCCAAACAACAACACCAAAAACAGAAAUCAUCCAAUCCCCCACCCUCCACCUCACAACCCCCUACGACCCGCUCUUCCUCCUCCUCCCCGCCCUCUUCGCCAACCCAUCCUCGUCGUCGUCCAAUGACUCAAAACGCAUGUUCCUCUCCCUAGACGACCACCUCGACACCCUGCCCGACCCCUCCCGUCACCUCGCCUCCUUACUAUCCACCACCAACCCCUCAUCCACCGCCACGCGCCAGCUGGUUGAAGCACGCAUGGCUGCGGUGUGUGAUACGGUCGAGGCAGGGGGGGAGAUUAUGUAUCGGGUUAGUGAGGGGAAGGUUGUGCGGGAGGUGCUGGGGAAGGCGAGGGCUGUUUUGGGCGGCCCGGGGACGACGCUCGAGGGGGGGAAGGGGGAUGAGAAGGGGAAGUUGCCGGGGAGUAUGGAGGAAAGGUUUGUGAGGCGGGCUUUGGAGGCGCCGGUUUUGGGGGUGAGGGUUGAUUGGAAGGGUGCGGGUGCCGGGGGAAAUGGGAGUGGGAGUGGUACGGCGACACCGACUACGACGGGGGAGUCGCAGGAGAGUGUGGCGUCGACGGAGACGGUGGGGAGUUCGGCGACUGAGGUGUCGGCGGCAAGUACUGCGGCUACGUCUACCUCCGUCGCUGCGGACGGUGAAGGGGAUAACGGCGUAGCCAGCGCGAUGACAGCCUCAGAAGAGGUGGUUCACCUUCAACGGCUGAGAGUCGCAUUCGAUUACAUCUGUGCGCGGUACAUCGAUCCGUCCAUCACAGCCACCCUAAAAACACACCUGGCCAAGGAGUCGACGACAACGGGUCUAGGAGUAGAUUUUGGACCGCUAGACCAAUACCUGGCGCAGCUGGCCAAGGUGCGACAGGAGGCGGCGGCCGAGCGGUCGGGGGAUUUUUCGCGGAAGAGGGGGGGUGAUGAGGAACAGGACGAACGUGCGGAGAAGAGGAGGAAGCAGGAGGCGGAGGAGAAGGCGAAGAAGGCGAGUAUGAGCAGGGGGGUGAAGAAUUUGAUGAAGGUGAAUACCAAUGGGAUGAAGAAGAUGAGUGACUUUUUCAAGAAGAAGUAA